GCCACGUAUACUUGUGAUGACCCAGGGAGUGGCUCACCUUGGCAGUAAAGUGACUAUCACGUGCACAAGUAACUACAAAAUAACAGAUUGUGAGUUGCAUAAAACCAGUGUACCUACUUCAGCUGUCUUCCCUGGCACACAGUAUGUCAUCAAAAGUGCUACAGCACAGGAUGAAGGGUUCUACACCUGCCAAUGUCAUGUCUACAUUACACAAUAUCCAUCUGCAGAAAUAAGUCACCCUCUUAAUUUCGUCCUCUACAGAUAUCAGGAAAAGCCACAGAUACGUAUGCUGCCCUCAGGGGUGAUUCAUACUGGCAGUAAAGUGAUGAUCGAAUGCAGUAACAGCCUCAGUAGAUUGAAGGAGUGUUGGUUCUACCAGCACGAUGAAUGGCGAACACAUUAUUCUAACUCCUCCACUGAAUUAGGGAUUCAGUAUGUUAUUGAGAGUGCUACAACAUGGAAUGAAGGGUCGUACUCCUGUGAGUGCAACAAUGUACAUGAUCAAUCUACACAAAGAAGCAAACCUGGUACCUUAGCCAUAAAGCGGUAUAUUACAACAAACAAGCCAACUACAGGGUAUAUUUCAACAAACAAGCCAACUACAGAGUAUAUCACAACAAACAAGCCAACAAUGGAGUAUUUUACAACAGAAAAGCUAAUAACAGAGAAUUUUACAACAUGCAAGACAACAACAGGAUAUGACUACACUCUCUCAAACAUCAUCCGUCUCUGCCUCAGCCUAAUUGUUCUCCUCUUGAUGGUUAUUUUUACAAUUGAGUCAACAUGUGAACAGAAAUAAAAUAGAACUUCUGAAUAU